GUUACUGUUGCUAACGCUAAGUCACAGUAGAGCCAACAUCAGUCAGUUGUGGUGCUGUGUUUCGAUGUUUCGAUAGUGCUGAGCUCGCGUUCGUGAUCGUGAAAUUUUUGUGUAUUUUUUACGUUGUAUGUUGCGUCGUCGAUGUUCUCUUUAUAGCUGUGCGAUGUGGAAAAAAUUUUCGAGCGUGGAAGUUUUGUGAACAAAAUUUUUUGCUGCGCGAAUUUCUCUAUAGUGUUGGGUUCCACCUUUAGCAACAAAUUUUACAAUGUCAACCGGUUAAAUUGAAAUGGUGAAGGACAGAUUACAUCAAUUACAAGCGGUAAUAAAAUCUGAAGAUGCGGAUUACGAACUGCAAGACCAAAAUAUCCGCGGUGUUACCAAUACAGUGGUCGAUGUGGAACAUGAAGAAGCCGGCUACAUGGCUCAUUUCUUUAGUGAGGUUGAAUUAUCGCGAUUAUGGAUAAGUAAUAUCAAAGAGCAUAUUAAACAGAUAAAAUCAUUACACAGUGCCUUAUUAUCUUCGCCGAGAGAAGAUGAAAGUAUGAAAUUGGAAUUAGAGGCGAGGAACGAGACCGUAAAACAAAUUGCCAAGAAGGUUAACAAUAAUUUAAAACUACUCGAGCGGGGUAUUGUACAAGAGGAAGAUGAGUUGGAAAAUAAAGGACAAUUGCCGGCUGGAUUGAGAAUACGAAAAACUCAACAUGCGACCACAUUACGCCUGCUCAUCGACGCUAUCAGCGAAUUCAACGCCGAACAAGUCGAUUACAAGGAGAAGUGCGAAGAACGAAUUCAAAGAGUUGUAUCCAUAGCUAAAGCUGAAAUCACCGAUGAGAAGCUAGAAGAGCUUUUAGAACAAGGUAGUUAUGGAUCUAUAUUCAAUGGAGAUAUUAUUACUGAAACAAUGGAAGUAAAAAGAACUCUCAAAGAAGUACAAAUUAGGCAUCAAGAAUUGGUGAAAUUAGAAAAAAGUAUCAUGGAGUUGAAGACUCUUUUUGUGGAGAUGGCUUUACUAGUAGAACAACAGGGUGAUAUAAUCAAUAGUAUAGAACAUCACGUUCAAUUGGCUGGCGAAGCGAUGAGCGAAGCAAAAAUUGCUACGAAAAAAGCAAUGAUUUAUCAAGAAAAAGCCAAAAUGAAAAAACUCAUCUUACUAGCGAUUGCUGCGGUCUUCGUUCUCUUAAUUUUACUCAUGUUGUACUCAAAAAUAAACUCAUUUUUGACAGGAGGUGACAAAGAGACUGGCAAUACGUAAUGUCGAGGAGUUGUUCACAAUGAAAUGCAUCAGGGCUGUGAUAAUUAGCAUCUUUUAUUUGUAAAUAUAUACUCGUAUAAUGUGUGAUUUGUUGUAUUAUAAAAAAUGUAAAAUACUUCGACUCAUUUCCAUUUUACUAAGGAAACUGAAUAACCUGGUUGUUUUGUGAAAUAUCCAAGGAAUGAUUAGGUAUGUUAGUUUUAAAGAUAGGUAACGAUCGAAUACGUUGCCUUGAUCGUAUCCGUAUUUUUUCAUUUUGUUAUCAGUUUCAAUGUUGUAUUUUUUUUGCGACCAAAUGAAUUUAUUCGCUUAUGUGAAAACUGAAAACCAUGGAUGACAUUUUCUUUAUAUGAAUUUUCGUUUUUAUUUUAGUAAUGUACAAAAAUGACACGCGAUGUACUCGUUUCAAUUAUGCAGGUAUAAGAAUUAAUAAAAAUUCGGAUGUUUUGUG